AUGGCCCCCCUCGCGAACCAGAAGUCUUUCAAGCUGUCCAAUGGCGUCAUCAUGCCAGCCGUCGGAUUCGGCACCUUUGCCAGCGAAGGCGCGUCUGGCGAGACGUACGCUGCCGUAACCACAGCGCUCAAGACGGGCUACCGCCAUCUCGACUGCGCGUGGUUCUACCAGAACGAAGGCGAAGUCGGCGACGCCGUCCGCGAUUUCCUCAAGGAGAACCCCAACGUCACACGCAAGGACCUUUUCAUCUGCACAAAAGUAUGGAACCACCUGCACGAGCCCGAGGAGGUCAAGUGGAGUUUUGAGUCGAGUCUGAAGAACUUGGGCGUUGACUACAUUGACGCGUUCCUCGUCCACUGGCCCAUUGCCGCAGAGAGCGAUGACAACCACCAGCCCAAGUUGGGUGCUGAUGGCAAGUACAUCAUCAAGAAGGAGCUCACAGAGAACCCAGAGCCCACAUGGCGCGCCAUGGAGGAGAUCUACAACUCCGGCAAGGCCAAGGCGAUCGGAGUUUCCAACUGGACUAUCCCCGGCCUGAAGAAGCUGCUUCAGAUCGCGAAGGUCAAGCCCAUGAUCAACCAGAUCGAAGUCCACCCUUUCCUCCCCAACACAGACCUCGUCAAGUACUGCCAGGAAAACGACAUCCUCGUCGCCGCCUACUCGCCGCUCGGCUCCCAGAACCAAGUUCCCAGCACGGGCGAGAAGGUCCGCACCAACCCCAAGCUCAACGAAGUUGCCGAGCGAAGCGGUCACGACCUUGCGCAAGUCCUGCUCGCAUGGGGUCUUCAGCGCGGCUACGUUGUCCUGCCCAAGAGCUCCACGCCCAAGCGCAUCGAGAGCAACUGGCUCAUCCCCGAGCUCAGCAAGGCCGACUUUGACGCCGUCGAGGAGGUCGCCAAGGGACGGCACACACGUUUUGUCAACAUGAAGGACACUUUCGGCUACGAUGUCUGGCCAGAGGAGACCGACGGUGGUGAGCUCAAGGCAUAG